AUGGCGGCUCGCAGCGGAAUACCGUUUCCCAAAUAUCUCACUGUAUCCCGAUUGAACUCCAGGAUAGGACUGCAACGUGUGAUGGUAGAACACAUUUGUAAUGCUCUUGAAAAUAUCUGCUGCGGCCCCGUCGAUUUCUGCCAGAAGCUGAGCAACGGCACGGUGCUUGUGAAGACUUGGGCUGCCAACCUGAGCGCCGCAAAACUCCCGCAGGUGUGCUUCCUGCCCAACAACAUCGAUGUGGAGGUGAAGGAGCAUCGCAGCCUCAACCAAGGCCGGGCGGUGAUGCACUCGUACGACCUGGCGAAACACUCCGAGGCGGAGAUACUCCAGCAGCUGCAGGAGCACAAUGUGAUCAGCGUCAGGAAGAUCACUCGCUGGAGACAGCAGCCCAGCAAAAAGCACGAGACGGGUCUGAUAAUACUGCACUUUGAUACCUAUCCUCCGCCAAGUAUUCAACUGAAUGGCAAAAUCAUUCGACUCCAUCCUUAUGUGCCCACUCCAAUGCGCUGCAGGAAUUGCUUGCUCUUCGGGCACCCGACCAGGGACUGUCAACGUCCUUCGGCCUGCUUGAAUUGCGGCUAUGCGAAGCACCUGAACAUCGGCGAGAAGUGCAGUCGGAAUCAGGCCUGCGUCAAUUGUCGGACGCGGAAGGUGCCCCACUCCAGACAUCACACACUCGACAGGACGUGCCCCACCUUCAUCUGGGAGGAUCAGAUCAAAGCCAUCUGCAUCAUAUCGAGGGUGUCGCGACGAAGGGCCAUUUCGAUCUAUAAUAGUCAGUUGCCCAGAGACAUGAGCCAUUUUUCCGAGGCGGCCAGGCUUUCCUACCUGAAAGCAUCUUAA